CAGUUUAAAGCCAUGACUUCACCUAGACGCGUCUAUUAUGGCCUUUUUCUGGCUUUAAUUUUGUUUUUGAUUCUCACACUCUAUAUUAAUGUUAGCGAAGUUGAUAGAAAACCUGCCAAACGAAGUAACCAGCACACUUUGGAUCCCCUGUACGAAGAAAUCCGGAUUCUUUGCAUGAUACCCUAUAAUUAUAAUAGUCCAGACACUGCCAAAUACGUGAAACGCACCUGGGGAAAACACUGCAAUGUUUUGCUAUUUGUGAGUGGGGAUAUCGAUGGCGAGUUGGAACCCUAUGUGCCUGUGAUUAAUUCCACGGAUACAUGGACUUUGGUCCAACAGGGGCUAAUGCAGGCCUAUCUGUUCUAUGCCGACCAAAUCGAUUGGUUCCUUAGAGUCGAGCCCUCUAGAUUUUAGCCAUCGUUGUUUGCGCCGCACAUUUGCGGCUUGAACUUGGACUUUGUUUGCUUUGCGUGUCCGCGAUUCAUUCAAAAACGGAUCUUGCCAUGUUGUUGACACGGUUUUUCUAAAUGGCAAUUGUUUGCUUGUCGCUCUAUCCGCACUCAAUUUUUUAGAAUAUCCAUAAGACUCACAUCCACCAAUUUGGCUAUUCGUACAUUCGUACAUAUUUGCAUUGCGGCUUUGUAUGCACAGCAGAUGAUCAGUGAUGGAUUUUAUUGAUAUGCAGGAUUUUGCGACGUGAAUAAAAAAUGAGUAUUUUUUGUAGUUUUGGAGAAUCUCCGGUAUAUGAUACACAAAAGGAAAUAUCAACCCAGUCAACCGAUAUAUUUUGGCUACGAGCUCGAGAAUAUUGUUACCCAUGAGUCCUUUGUCCACCAUCAUAGUGGGUAUGUCAUAAGUCGCGAGGCCUUAAGAAGGUAUACGAUGGCGUCGAAGGAUCCUGAGAACAAGGAGUGCACUCAUUGGGAGGGAUAUGUUGAGGGUCUGGAUAUACAUCGGUGCUUGAGAUUUGCUAAUGUAACGGUAGCAGAAAGUCGGGACGAAUUUGAGCACGAGACAUUCCUACCCGUUACAAUGGAUUACCAGUUCUUAAAUGGCUAUGAUACUAUACCCUGGCUGCGUAAAUUAAGUUAUCACAAACGUACAGAGAAAACAGUUCCCAUAUCCAGCCGCGCCAUUUGUUUUCUGGUAGAAUAUCCGCCAGAAAUGUACGAUUACUACUAUUUUGUUUAUCGAUUGAAAAUCUUUGGCACUCCCGUCCGAAACUCCAUAGACUUUAGGCCGUAAUAAAAGACUCACCUCUGGCAGCUGUCGACG